CAUUUCCCACCCCCGGAAAAUCGUUUUUUACCUUUUUAUUCCCCUCCCAUCUCCGCUCUCUCCCUCCCCCCCCUCCUCCGAUCCAAACUCCCCACGAACGCCACCGCCACCGCCACAAUUUGAAACCCUAGGCCGCCGCAUCGAUCCGCGGACGGCGAUUGCAUUGGAGGCCGCCAGGCUCUAGCGUCUCGUCUAGCGGCGGCGGCCGGCCAUGUCGACCGAGGACGAGAAGCUCCUCAAGGAGGCGAAGAAGCUGCCGUGGGACGAGCGGCUGCAGCACAAGAACUGGAAGGUGCGGAACGACGCCAACAUCGACCUCGCCGCGCUCUGCGACUCCAUCACCGACCCCAAGGACGCCCGCCUCCGCGAGUUUGGACCAUUAUUUAAGAAGGCGGUUUCGGAUUCGAACGCGCCUGUGCAGGAGAAGGCGCUGGAUGCGCUGCUGGCUUUCCAACGAGCCGCUGAUGCUGAUGUAUCGAGGUAUGCCAAGGAGGUGUGCGAUGCGAUAUGUGCCAAGUGCCUCACUGGCAGGCCUAAGACUGUUGAGAAGGCUCAAGCUGCAUUUCUCCUUUGGGUGGAGCUGGAGGCGUCAGAGGUCUUCCUUGAAUCUAUGGAGAAGGCUGUAAAGAAUAAAGUGGCUAAAGCUGUUGUUCCUGCUAUUGAUGUCAUGUUUCAAGCACUCAGUGAAUUUGGAGCUAAGGUUGUACCACCUAAAAAAAUUCUGAAGAUGCUUCCUGAGCUAUUUGAUCAUCCAGACCAGAAUGUUCGAGCUUCUUCUAAAGGAUUGACACUUGAGCUUUGUCGAUGGAUUGGCAAAGAGCCUGUAAAGUCAAUUUUAUUUGAGAAGAUGAGGGAUACAAUGAAAAAAGAGUUGGAAGCAGAGCUAGCAAAUGUCUCGGGAAUUGCUAAGCCAACUCGCAAGAUAAGAUCUGAACAAGAAAAGGAGCUUGAGGAGGAAGCUGUGCCAGAGACAACAGGCGCCAGUACUUCUGAAGUUGCAGUGCCAGAUGCCCCUAUGGAGAUUGAUGAAUAUGAUCUUGUUGAUCCUGUGGAUAUUUUAACCCCACUUGAAAAGUCUGGAUUUUGGGAUGGCGUGAAAGCAACUAAAUGGUCGGAAAGAAGGGAUGCUGUUGCAGAGCUUACUAAGCUUGCUUCAACCAAAAAAAUUGCUCCUGGUGAUUUUAAUGAAGUUUCCCGAACACUUAAAAAGCUUGUUACAGAUGUUAAUUUGGCUGUUGCAGUGGAAGCUACCCAAGCAAUAGGGAAUUUAGCUAAAGGUUUAAGAACUCAUUUUUCAGGAAAUUCACGGAAUCUGCUUCCUGUUUUACUUGAAAAACUGAAAGAGAAAAAGCCAACCAUGUCAGAAGCACUGACUCAAACACUCGAAGCAAUGCAUAAGUCUGGUUGUAUUGCUCUUCUUGAUGUGAUUGAAGAUGUUCGGGUCGCUGUAAAAAACAAGGUCCCUCUUGUUCGAUCCUUAACGUUGAACUGGGUUGCAUUUUGCAUUGAAACGAGCAAUAAGGCAACUGUCCUAAAGUUGCACAAGGAGUAUGUUCCUAUCUGCAUGGAGUGCUUGAAUGAUAGCACCCCAGAUGUUCGAGAUUCUUCGUUCUCUGUUUUGACUGCCAUAGCUAAGAUGGUUGGAAUGAAACCCUUGGAACGGUCCCUGGAGAAGUUAGAUGACGUGAGGAAAAAGAAACUUUCAGAUAUGAUUGGCUCUGCCACUGAUACUGUUUUAAGUUCAGGGACAGUACCUACCUCAAGUUCAGGAGCUGCCACAUCUGCUCGGGAGGUUACAGAUAGCUCAACAAUGAGGAGAUCUGCUGCAAGCAUGCUUAGUGGAAAGAAGCCUAUCCAUGCAGCGGCCCCGGCUAAGAAAUCUGGACCAGCAAAAUCAACUGCAAAAAAGACAGAUGGCGGACCACAGUCAAAGGCUUCUGCUGCUCCUGAGAUAGAAGAUGUUGAGCCUUCAGAGAUGAGUUUGGAAGAAAUAGAGGAGAGAUUAAAUUCUGUUGUGAAAACAGAGACAAUUUCACAGUUAAAGAGCACUGUUUGGAAAGAGCGUCUUGAAGCCAUUGGCAUGCUAAAGCAGGAUGUCGAAAAUCUCACAGAACUUGACAAAUCUGCCGAACUCUUGGUCCGUUUAUUAUGUGCUGUGCCUGGAUGGAAUGAAAAAAAUGUGCAGGUUCAACAACAAGUUAUAGAGGUCAUCACCUACAUUGCCUCAACUGUGAAGAAGUUCCCAAAGCGAUGUGUCGUUCUAUGCCUUCUUGGCAUAAGUGAAAGGGUUGCUGAUAUAAAAACCCGAGCGCCUGCAAUGAAAUGUCUUACCGCUUUUUGCGAGGCAGUAGGUCCAGGGUUUGUGUUUGAGAGGUUAUACAAAAUAAUGAAAGAGCACAAGAAUCCGAAGGUUCUUAGUGAGGGUAUUCUUUGGAUGGUAUCUGCCGUUGAAGACUUUGGGACUUCGAAUUUAAAACUAAAGGACAUAAUCGAUUUUUGUAAAGACACGGGUCUGCAAUCUAGCGCUGCUGCAACCAGAAAUUCAACUAUCAAACUGAUCGGGAUGCUGCAUAAGUUUGUAGGGCCAGAUAUAAAGGGUUUCUUGAGUGAUGUCAAACCGGCACUUCUCAGUGCUCUCGAUGCUGAAUAUGAGAAGAAUCCAUUUGAGGGUGCUGCUGCUCCUCCGAAAAGAACAGUUAGAGCUUUGGACACUGCAUCGUCUACGUCUGCUGCCUCAUCAGAUGGCCUGCCGAGAGAAGACAUAAGUUCUAAGAUAACGCCUGCUUUACUGAAAAAUUUGGGGAGCCCAGACUGGAAGUUAAGGCUGGAGUCCAUAGAAGCAGUCAACAAAAUUGUGGAGGAGGCCCAUAAGCGCAUUCAGCCAACAGGAACAGUGGACCUGUUCACGGCGCUAAGAGGCCGUCUUAAUGACAGUAACAAAAACUUAGUUAUGGCGACCUUGUCAUCGAUUGGUGUUCUUGCAUCUGCUAUGGGUCCUUCUGUUGAAAAAUCAAGCAAGGGUAUCUUGGCAGAUGUGCUGAAGUGUAUUGGUGACAAUAAGAAGCACAUGCGAGAGUGCACUUUGACUGCUCUCGAUUCCUGGGUUGCUGCUACUCAACUUGAUAAGAUGGUUCCAUAUAUUGCAGUAGCUCUGGGUGAUCAGAAAAGUGGUUCAGAAGGGCGAAAAGAUCUCUUCGAUUGGUUGUCUAAGCAUGUCUCGAAAAUGAGUGAUCCAGCUGAGGCUUUGCCUUUACUGAAGCCGUCUGCAUCUUCUUUGAUGGAUAAAUCAUCUGAAGUCCGUAAAGCCGCUGAGACUUUUAUGAAUGAAGUUCUCAAGAUUUGUGGCCAAGCAGCGGUUGCAAAGAACUUGAGAGAUCUGCCAUCCCCUACUAUGGCCAUUGUAGCAGAGAGGUUGAAACUGUCCAGUGUGCAUGAAGGAAUAUCUGAUUCUGUAAAGAUGGUGACAACAAGUAUGAGUUUGCCAUCAAAAGGUGGUUUGAAGAACGUCAAACCUGGCCUAAAUGAUCGCUCCUCAAACGUUGGCAAAGCUGCAUCUCAAAGAGGAGUUCCAGCAAGGGCCUCUGUUACUAUGAUCUCUUCUCAAGACUCGUUACAGUCUCAGGCAUUAUUUAACAUUAAGGACUCAAACAAGGUAGGGCAGCAUCAAGUUCUGCAACUAGCAAAGCUGUACAUUAGAUUCUUAUAUUUGUAUCUGUAUUUAAUUGUGCAGGAAGAUCGGGAGCGACGGGUGUUGGUACGUAAAUUCAAGUUUGAAGAACCACGGCGUGAGCAAAUAGACGAACUGAAGGUUGAUUUAUUUAAGCAUUUCCGAGAAGAUGUUAGCUUGCGGUUAUGGAACUCAGACUUUAAGAGGCAAAUAGAUGGUAUCGAGUUACUACAAAAGGCACUUCCUUCAAGUGGCAAAGAAGUGGUUGAGCUUCUCGAUAUACUACUAAGAUGGUUUGUCCUGCGCUUCUGUGAAUCCAACACAACAUGUUUGUUGAAGGUUCUUGACUUUCUUCCUGAGCUAUUUGAUGGUCUGAAAGAUCAAUCUUACAUGUUAACGGAAGCAGAAGCUGCAAUCUUCCUGCCUUGCCUUAUAGAGAAGUCUGGUCACAACAUUGAAAAAGUAAGAGAGAAAAUGGGGGAGCUGAUAAAGCAAAUGAUCAACAUCUAUUCUCUUCCAAAGCUGCUUCCCUAUAUAUUGGAGGGGCUGCGCUCCAAGAACAACCGAACUAGGAUAGAGUGUGUUGACAUUAUUGGAUACUUCAUGGAUCAUAACGGGACCGAGGUUGGUGGCUUGUUGAAAAAUUUGCCAUCUGUCGCGGCAUUAACAGCAGAGCGGGAUGGAGAAAUCAGAAAAGCCGCUCUUAAUACGCUUGCCACUGCUUACAAGAACCUUGGGGAUGAUGUAUGGCGAUAUGUUGGAAAACUUUCAGAUGCCCAAAGAAGUAUGCUCGAUGAUAGGUUUAAGUGGAAGGCUCGAGAAAUGGAUAAGAGGAGAGAAGGAAGGCCUGGUGAUGCCCGAGCAGCAUUGAGGCGUUCAGUCAGAGAAAACGGAUCCGAUGUAGCAGAACAGAGUGGGGAAUUGGUUUCUCGUUCAAUGGCAGGAUCAAUGAUGCCAAGGGAAAACUUCGGGUAUGCCGAUGCCCAUACGGUACCUAGGCAGAUGGCAACAGCAGCGACUGGUCCCGCAGACUGGCGUGAAGCUCUUGAUAUUGUUGCAUUAGGUUUGCCUGAACAGUCUGUUGAAGGAAUGAAAGUCAUAUGCCACGAGCUAACUCAGGCGGUUGAUCCUGAAAGCUCUGCGCUUGACGAUCUCAUUAAGGAAGCAGACAGAUUAGUUUCAUGCUUGUCUGUUAUGGUUCCAAAAACAUUUAAUUUCAGCCUAUCUGGGGCAUCUUCAAGGUCUUGCAAAUACGUUUUAAAUACUCUCAUGCAGACUUUCCAGAUCAAACGUCUCGCUCACGCAGUGAAGGAGGGUACACUAGAUAACCUUAUCACAGAGCUACUACUAUGGCUUUUAGAUGAGCGGGUUCCUCUUAUGGAUGAUGGCAGUCAACUACUUAAGGCUCUUAAUGUCUUGAUGCUUAAAAUCUUGGAUAACGCCGAGAGAACUUCCUCAUUCGUUGUACUAAUCAAUUUGCUGAGGCCCUUGGACCCUUCAAGAUGGCCAUCCCCUACCCCGUCAGAGUCCCUUGCUGUAAAAAAUCAGAAGUUUUCAGAUUUAGUUGUCAAAUGCUUAAUUAAGUUGACAAAGGUUCUUCAGAGUACAAUAUAUGAGGUUGACCUUGAUCGCAUUCUUCAAAGUGUUCAUAUUUAUUUACAAGAACUUGGAAUGGAAGAGAUACGGAGGAGGGCUGGAGCUGAUGACAAGCCAUUAAGAAUGGUCAAAACUGUGCUGCAUGAACUUGUAAAGCUACGAGGCACAGCAAUAAAAGGUCACCUUUCAAUGGUUCCUAUAGACGCUGAGCCUCAGCCAAUCAUCCUGGCAUACAUUGAUCUUAAUCUUCAGACCCUUGCAGCAGCUAGGAUGUUAACCCCAUCUGGACCUAUGGGUCAAACUCACUGGGGUGAUGCUGCAUCGAACGCUCCAAAUCCAUCAAUUCAUUCAACGGAUGCACAAUUGAAGCAAGAGCUUGCUGCAGUAUUCAAGAAAAUCGGUGACAAGCAAACAUGUACGAUUGGUUUGUAUGAACUCUACCGGAUAACCCAGCUGUACCCAAAGGUUGAUAUAUUCGCUCAGCUUCAGAAUGCAAGUGAAGCAUUUAGAACAUACAUCAGAGAUGGGCUAGCUCAGGUGGAGAAGAAUGCCGCAGCUGGCAGAACACCCUCUAGUCUUCCAUUAUCAACUCCACCUCCAAUAGCAUCAAUACCCUCUCCAAAGUUUGCACCUUCUCCUGUUCAUACAAAAUCGAUAAGUAGCAAAACGGAUUGUAAUGAAGACGACGCCUUCAGAGUCCAAGGAGACUCUGAUUUUAGGGUGCAAUCAGAUCAACAGACCGAUAGAUUCCAAUCCUCAGCAGGGACAUUGGAUGCUCUCAGGGAAAGGAUGAAGAGCAUCCAAGCCGCAGCUGUAGGGGGCAAUUUUGAUGUAGCUCAGACUCGGCCACUGUCAAGUAUGAAUGGCAAUACGCUCCAUGGGGGGGCGCGAGUGGAUGGUGAGCCACAAACACAAAGUAAUAUUCCACCCAUGGACGAGAGAGCAUUAUCUGGGCUGCAAGCACGAAUGGAGAGGUUAAAGAGUGGCUCUAUGGAACCACUCUAAAUAUAGUUGACAGUUCUAUGAGAAAUACCUACCAUUGUAAUUGACUGUAAAUUUGCAGCAUAGUCAUGCUAUUUGUAGAUAGGUAUGUCGGAUGCACUACAUGAUGCGGGGCCGACAUUUUGUAACCCCCGUUCCUGGUCAACCCAUUCUUGAAGAGUUUCUGGUGUAGUUGUAGAGAAGCUAGUCAGAGGUUUUGCUUGUAGCUUGCCUGUUGAGGGCCUAAUUAGUAUUUUGACACAUUUUUUUGGUGCCGGUUGAGUUUUCCUGUGUUGUAUAGCAAUACAAUUGAGUGUUAUGAAUUAACUGUAUUGAUCAGUACUAUGCGGUUAGGAGUA